UGAGUGGCCAGCCAUGAUGCUGCCAGUGCCAGCCCAAUAACCCAAGCGGUGCAAAAUUCUCACACCGAUAGAAUACAUAAAACAAUUAACAAAUCAAAUUUCGCCGAGAAAUAUAUAUACCCUUUUUUCCCGCCGGCGAAAAAUUCGCCGGUCACCGGUUUUCCGAUGGUUAAAAACCUAGAAUUUUUCUGAUCAAACCCUAAUUUUUCUCUUCUCUUUUCAUAAUUUUGUGGAAAUUCUAAUUGAACGUCUAAAUUGAAAAAAGAUGUCGAAUUUGGAUGAAGAAGAAGAAAACCUAGCUCAAUUUCUCGAAUCUGAAGUCCUCUCUGAAGUUUCUGAUCAGGAUGAGGACACCAAAGAAAUGGAGAGACCAUUGAAGAUGAUGCGUUCCGAGGAGGUUUCCGGGGUGAUCAGGAAUGCUGCUUGUGUUACUGAUGGAGAUUGCGGGUCGAAGGUUGAGAGUUCAAGUUGCAGUAGUGGUGCAAAUAAGAUGGGUGGAAGGGGAAUUGAAACUGGGAUAUUAAGCAAGAUACCUCCUGAGCUGUUCCAGCAUGUUCUCAAGUUCUUAUCUUCCGAAGAUCUCAUUUCAUGUUCGAGAGUAUGCAAGUUUUUGAAUUAUGUAGCAUCAGACGAAUCUCUUUGGCGUCGUUUGUAUUAUAUCCGUUGGGGUUUGUUGCCGCCGACAAAAAAGAUACGGGACUGUGCUUGGAAAAAGCUCUAUAUACAGCGUGAUGAGGAGGAUAUGGUUCAAUCUGUGACGAAUUGCCAACCUGAGUUCAAAGAGUAUUAUCUUCAAAUGUAUGCAGCUAAGCGAAGUCAAGCACCAUUACUUUCACAGGCAAAUGACAAUCUCAUGAAUCUCGACAAAACGGUUGCUGAUCAAGUGUCUAUAUGGAAAAGCAGUAGAGGCCUCAGUGAUAAGGUGGUAACAGACCAUACUUGUUCUGGGGAGGUUUGUUCUUACUUUCAAAUUGGGAAUGUUUUCAUUUGUGAAAAGACUGGGAAUGUACAUGUAUGUGAUGAUACAUGUAAAGAAGUUGUCCCUGAUCCUGCAAAUGAGCUAUUGGUGUGUACCAUAUCUGGACAUUGCUUUGACAGACUUCUCUCACCGUCUGAAAUGGAUGGAGACACUGAACAGGAACUACAGCAAGGUGUUGCAACUGAUGAAGCAGAGCCAUUCAUGGGAGCAGGCCGUUUUGCACGGGCAUAUCUGCUGGGGUAUAACUGCGAUGAUGAGAAGGAACUUGAAGAUGCCUUGAGAUUUUGCUGACGCGAGCCAUAUCCUAGUGUUGCCUUCUGUAAUAUCUUUUAUUCUGUAGAAACCCGAGAGGCUAUGCAUGCUACCUCGUCGAUGAAGAACACCCUCAAAUUUGUCGAAGUUCAAAAGCGAUUUCGAGUAUAGAAAUAAAAAGUUGGUAAGAUAAAGUACAACACUACCCUUACACAGAGUAUCUAGAGUACAACCUGCCCAACCCCCCGACGCCUCUAGUGAGAAUCGAACUCACAACAUGUGGGUGGAAGCUGGAAGAGCUUACCAACCCUUCCACUUCCGGAUUUUCACUGUAAGUUUGUACUUGUAUUAUGCGAUGGGAUAUGUUUCAAUUUGUUAUCAUUGUAUUGAAAGUUUUUUUCUUUUAUAAUAGAGUCGAAAUGUGAAAAAAAAAAAUUGUCCUUGAUAGCUCGAUGUUUUUACUGAUAACUUGAUGAAGUUCUUGAGAAACCCAA